AUGAACAAUCAACAACAAUUAUCAAACUUCGACAAAAUCUGUUUGAAACAGUUCAUUUUCAUACAUGAUUUCUCUUCCGAAAAAGAAUGUUUUGAGUACAUUACAACGAAUGUUAUCACGACUUUCGUAGUCUGUUCUGAUAAAUUUACUGAAUUUUUAUCAUCGUCUCAAGUUUCUGACUUCAAUCAUGUUCAUUCAAUUUAUAUCUAUUCGACUUCCAAUAAAAAUAGUCAUGAUAAUUUGCAAAAAUUACAAAAUCGAUAUUGUAAAAUCAAAGGCCUUUACACCAAUAUCAUGAAUUUGAUAGAAGAUUUACAUACCAUUGUUGAAUCUUUCACCAUCUGUCAGAUGUUCAAUCCUAAUAAUCCUGAAUCACAAAAUACAACAGAUGAUUUUGGAUCUUGGUGGGUGGGAUAUCUUGAUAUUUUAUGUCAUUUAGAAUAUCCGGAUGAUUAUUUAAAACGAUUAGUACAUACACUAAAAGUUUAUUAA